CUGAAACUGUCUUUUUCCGUCUUUCUCACUCUUUCUUCAUGUUUUCCACGCUAUAGCUAAUGUGCUAUUAAUUCUUAGUAUCUUGGUCACAACUCACAAGUACAAGCAGCUGCUUCACGAGUUGAGGGCAUGACAGGCGUUGAUUUACUGACGAUGGUGUUUGUGAUGGCGGCGGCCACCGUGUCACUCGCGGUGGCAAGAGCUGGAGCCCAACCAAUCCCGAAAGGUGUAAUGACACUGGAAAGGGCUUUUCCGACGAACGCGAACAUGGAGGCCAAGGGGCUUAGAGCUCGGGAUCGGCUAAGACAUGCUCGAAUGUUGCAGAGACUUUCCGGGGGCAUCGUCGAUUUCUCAAUUGCAGGGUUGGCGGAUCCAAACAUGCUCGGUCUUUAUUAUGUCAAAGUAAAAUUGGGUUCUUCUCCUAGAGAAUUCAAUGUACAGUUUGAUACUGGAAGUGACAUCCUAUGGGUUGCAUGCUCUUCCUGCGUAGGUUGUCCUAGGAGUAGCGGCCUCAGGGUUGAUCUCAACUUCUAUGAUGCUUCCAGCUCAUCCACUGCUUCUCUUAUCACUUGUUCGGACAAAACCUGUUCUUCUCUUAGUCAAGCAGCCUAUGCCAAAUGCUUUACUGAGAGUGAUCAGUGUGGUUACUCAUUCCAAUACGGAGAUGGAAGUGGCACAACCGGCCAUUAUGUAUCUGAUAUGCUAUACUUCGACACUGUCUUGGCUAACUCAUUGGUAGCCAACUCUUCAGCCCCAGUAGUUUUUGGGUGCAGUACCUUGCAAUCUGGAGAUCUGACUAAUGGAUAUAGAGCAGUUGAUGGGAUUUUCGGGUUUGGUCGACAUGAUCUUUCAGUUAUAUCACAACUGUCAUCGCUUGGGAUUACUCCAAAAGUUUUUUCCCACUGUUUGAAAGGAGAUGAGACGGGUGGAGGGAUUUUGGUUCUUGGUGAAAUUUUGGAUCCAAGAAUUGUUUAUACCCCACUUGUUCCAUCACAGCCACAUUAUAAUUUGUACAUGCAGAGCAUUGCUGUUAAUGGGAUAUUAUUGCCUAUUGAUCCAGGAGUGUUUGUUACAUCUGAAAGUCGUGGAACCAUUAUAGAUUCCGGCACAACAUUGGCAUAUCUUCCCCUUGAAGCUUAUGAACCCUUUAUCAGUGCUAUAACAAGUAUGGUUUCACAGUCUGCAGCUCCCUUUGUAUCUAAAUCGAUGCAGUGCUAUGUGGUUAAUUCAAGCAGCAGCAUAACUUAUAUAUUCCCCACUGUGGUUUUGAACUUUGCUGGUGGCGCAUCAUUGGCUUUAAGACCUUUAGAUUACCUCUUCCGUAUGAGUUAUCUUGAGAGUAAUGAAAUUUGGUGCAAUGGCUUUCAGAAACACGAGCUGGGUAUUACAAUUUUAGGAGAUCUUGUUUUGAAGGAUAGAAUCAUUGUUUAUGAUUUAGCUCAUCAGAGGAUUGGUUGGGCUGAUUAUGAUUGUUCAACCUCGGUAUAUGUGUCUGUGACUUCUGGCAAGGAUGAAUUUACCAAUGCUGGACAGUCGAGUGUCAACUGUUCACCAUGUAAUGCAUUCCAUUAUAUGCCUGUUUGGCUUCUGAUGACUGGGCUUUUAUUUUUGUAACAUGGUUUGUUGUCAUCCCAUCCCUCCCCCCCCACUAGAUAGUUAAUAGGAAUAGCAUUAGGUUUCUUGUGGUGCAUUUGGUUUUAUCACGAGGCAUAAACCUAUACGUGAAGUUGUGCUUUUCAUUCACGACAUCACGUUGUAAUUAUAAUUGAAGAGGCUUUAAUUGCCUUGUUGAGUGAUAAACACUUAAACAGAUUAGUAUUCAAGCUCAUGGUUGUGAUACUUCGCAAGUAGUUUUUUUAGUUGUAAAAUCUUAUUACGUUUGGAC